CUUUCUCCAAUAUAAUAUACAAAAAGGCUAAAAGCUGUAAUCCCCUUCCGUGCCCAUUCUCUCUUCCUCCAUGCUCAUCUCAAUUACCCCCCAAUAGUUCACGUUUUGUACCGAAGAUUUGAGAUUUUUUUUAUCCAAAUUCAAUUCAAUUUUUCCGGAACUGUAACGGGGUUGGAUUGAAUUGGGAGCUUUGCUGGAUUUGUGGGGAUUUCGGUGGUUGUUUGUUUGAUUGAUGGCUGCGAGCGCCAAUCCUUCAUCGGGGGCUCAUAGCAACGCCAGUAACGGCAAUAAUAAUAGCGGGAAUAGCAAGGGCGGUGGCCAGGAAAAUGCCAAUGGCGGUGGCCUAUCGGCGACGGAAAAUUCCGUGGUGGGACCUACUCAGGCGGCUCUCCGACACAAUCCGGGCCUGUCAGUUGAUUGGACGCCCGAAGAACAGUCCAUACUCGAGGAUUUGCUCGUAAAAUAUGGAUCAGAAUCGGUGAUUGUUCGUUAUGCUAAAAUUGCUCAGGCUUUGAGAGAUAAGACAGUUCGAGAUGUUGCAUUACGUUGCAGAUGGAUGAGUAAAAAGGAAAACGGAAAGAGAAGGAAGGAUGACAGUAGUUCGUCAAGGAAAAGUAAAGACAAAAAGGAGAAAGUUACAGAUUCAUUGCCAAAAUCUUCUCAAGUUGCAAAUCGCUCCAAUGGCCCAGCCUAUGUUCAGUCAAUGAUGUCAAUGGAAAGUGAUGAUGGAAUCUCAUAUAAAGAUAUCGGUGGAGCUGCUGGACAGCUUCUUGAGCAAAGUGCUCAUGCCUUGGAUCAAAUUUCGGCCAACUUUUCUGCUUGCAAGGUGCAGAUUCACGACAACAUCAAUCUCUUCUGUCAAGCUCGAACGAAUAUACUUUCGAUCUUAAAUGACUUGAACGACACACCAGAAAUAAUGAAACAGAUGCCACCCCUUCCUGUCAAGCUGAAUGAAGAGCUUGCCAACUCCAUUCUUCCUCGAACAUCCCUGCCAAAGAAGUCUUGACAUCUUCCUUCACUUGCUGGUCGUAAUGAUGAUGAAUCUGACUUUCUGUCAAGUUGCGCCUUUCAGUAUACACACAUAUCAAAAUAACUGGCUAUGCGACUCAACUCAAUGAGGAAUUCUCUCCAAGUGUUUAGUACUUAAAAUCUUUUCUUCUUUUUUUCCUUCUUUCAUUUUGUCAGGGUCCGUCCUGGUUCCUGAUUGAUAUUUCUUUUUCACUUUGAUUUGUCUUAGGAGAUAAUCAGUGUAUCGAUGUGAGCACCAUCAGUUGUAGUGUAGAACUAUUUUUUAGUCCUGUAAAUAACUUCUUAAGGAGAAAGUUUUGCUAUUCAAUUGAAGGGCAUUUGCUGUGCA